UCCUUCUUCUUUGUCCAAAAAAGAUAGUUAUUUUCACUCUGUGUCAACCCUCGUAAAUUAUGGCAGUAUUGGCUCCUGGAAUUCUAUUGAAGUUCCUCCAUGGAAUGCAAACAGGGGUUAAACCUACAGGUGAGCACAGGAGCUCACUUCUGCAGGUGACAGAUAUCGUACCAGCAGAUCUCUACGAGAAGAGUCUCUGGCCUAAACACGGUUUCCACAUAAAGGUUUCUGAUUCUUCACAUUCAAUCUAUGUCAGCCUGCCUUUCGAAGAAGAUGAUCUAGUCCUCAGCAACACGAUGCAGCUCGGUCAGUUCAUCUACGUGGACAGAUUGGAGCCAGGGUCCCCUGUUCCAAUCAUCAAAGGCACAAAGCCUCUUCCUGGUCGACACCCUCUGGUGGGCACACCUGAACCGAUAAAGAGUCUCAGAGAAAAUGGGGACAAAAUUGAACAGAGAACCUUUAAUUCAAAACUCUCUGGUCACAGAAGAGGCUUUUGGGAUAGCUCAGCUGAUGUUGCUUCUUCCUCUCCUUCUAUCAUGAAACCAAGUCCUUUGCAUUUUGAUCAGAAUACACCAAAAAAGGAUAGGCCCAGUCCGAAGAGAACAGGGGGCAAUUUUCCAAAUUCUCCACUGAUCAGAGGGAGAAUGGUUAAGGAUGAAAAUUCAAGCAUGGUUUUCAGAUCUUCAGUAGGUGGGCUUUUGUCUAAGAUGUCAGAUUCAAAGGGAGAAAGCCCUGUCCAUGUCAGGAAGAGCUGUGUUACCCCUUUUUCUGUCUUUAAAGUUACAAGGAGCAAGAGUGUGUUCGAACCAGAGCCAAUGAUCCCAAAAAGUCUCUUCAACAAUACUGAAAAGAAGAGUUCAACUCCCCCUUCCAGAUUAAGAAAUGUAAGAGUAGAAGCCUCUUCCAAACAGGCAGGGGAAGAACAGAAACAGAACAACUCAAAUUCCAAUGGAACUUCAACUCCCCCUUCCAGAUUAAGAAAUGUAAGAGUAGAAGCCUCUUCCAAACAGGCAGGGGAAGAACAGAAACAGAACAACUCAAAUUCCAAUGGAACUUUACAACUGCAAUCUCAAUCUGGUAAUUCGAAAUCCAAGCACGGUGGUAGUCUGUCCAUGUCUUUACCUGGAAACCUUAGUGUGCUUGGAAAGGAAGCCAUUCAACAGAGAGAAACAGCUCAGAAGAAUGCUCUUCAAGCACUACGAGAUGCCUCUGCCUCUGAAAGUUUAGUACGAGUUCUCAGGAUGCUUUCAGACUUGGCAAAAAAUGCAAAACCAGAUGCUCCAGCUGACUGUUUUGAUCAGUUUCUGGAGUUUCAUCACCAAAUGGUGCAAGCAGUGACUGACAUGGAGUCAAUUCAAGCAGCUACAUGUAGUGAAAUGGUUGAAACCCCAACUGCCAAGCAGACAGAACGGUGGAAGAUAAAAGCUGAAGAAAAUUCCAACAUCUUACAAGAAAAUAACUCGAUAGACCAAAACAAGCAGACAGAUUUACAUUCAUCAAAGAGAAGUUCAGCAUUAUGCAAGUCACUUGCAGCCAUGCCAGAAAGAAGUGAUUUCAAGACAACCCCUGGGAAGCACCUGAGAUCAAACUUGAGCCAGAAAUUUUCUUUAGAAAGGAUAGGUGGAUCCACCCCAAAAGGAAAGUUGCUCCCUGAAGCUACCUUGGAGAAUGAUGAGAACAAGUCACUUGCAGCAAUGCCAGAAAGAAGUGAUGUCAAGACAACAACCCCUGGGAAGCACCUGAGAUCAAACUUGAACCAGAAAUUUUCUUUGGAAAGGAUAGGUGGAUCCACCCCAAAAGGAAAGUUGCCCCCUGAAGCUACCUUGGAGAAUGUUGAGAAUAUGAAACCAGCACCUUGCAGGUUCAAUAAUACCAUCAAAUUGGGUAAACGGAUUGAAACAGAAGCCGGAAACUGGUUUAUGGACUUCUUAGAGAAAGCGCUGGAAGCAGGUAUGAAGAAAUCGAGAGGAACGGCAGACAGUGACAGUUGCAAAGUCUCACAAUCUCUCAUGCUCAAGGUUAUAAACUGGGUGAAGGUUGAGCAGUGUGAUAGCAGUAAGAGGCCAGUUCACCCUAGAGCAGCACAAAUAGCCAGGAAGUUAAGAAUCAAGAUGAAAAAUCCUUGAAUUGAUGUAAUGAUUGAAUUCCAAUUAAUAAGAGAUA